AUGUGGGUGGUUGGGUUGGGGGGAGAGUGGGGAGUGGAGGGGGAAAGCGUUCGACAUUUCGAUGCUUGCUCCUCCCAAACCACUCAAUCCAACGCGUGCCUUUUGCUCCCCUCCCCUCCUCUUGCUCCCUUUCCCCACCCCUCCCCUUUUCCUCCCCUUCCCCUCCCCGCCCCUCCCCUUCCCUCUCCCCCCCUCCCGUCGCCCUCUCUCUCCCAUCUCUCUCGCCUCCCCCCUCCCCUCCCCUCUCCCUUCCCUCCCCCUCCCUCCCUUCCCCUCCCCCUCCUUCCCCUUCCUCCCCCGCUCACCUGCCCCCAGCAACCACGCCACUCACCAGCUCAGCUACGGGACUCGGCCCUCCUGAGCCCGGGAAUCCACCUUCCCCCCUGCCUUCCUCCCCCGCUUCCCCUUUCCCCGACUCUCCCUCGCUCGCACCCGCUCUCCCCCGCUCCCCCGCCCCGCUUUCCCCCUUCCCCCAGAGACCACUGCACUCACCAGCUCAGCCACCGGACUCGGCCCCGCCCUCACCCUACCUUCCGUUCCCUCCCCCUCCCUCCCCCUCCCUCCCUCUCCCUCCCCUUCCCUCCCUCUCCCUCCCUCUCCCUCCCUCUCCCUCCCCCUCCCUCCCCCUCCCUCCCUCUCCCUCCCCCUCCCUCCCCCUCCCUCCCUCUCCCUCCCUCUCCCUCCCCCUCCCUCCCCCACUACCCCACCCCCCCAGAGACCACUGCACUCACCAGCUCAGCCACCGGACUCGGCCCCGCGCUGGCCGCAUGUCCGUCCAAAGCUUGCCCCACCUCGCCGCCCAGCAGCACCUCCCGCAUCUCCUCCACCGACGGCUCCCGCGCUCUCCGUUGCCGAUCCCCGGCGGGGGAGCGCGGCGGGGUGUGGAGGGAUCGCGACAAGCCGGCCAUCUUGGAGACAGACAUGGCGGCGUGA